AUGGCUACACAACGAACGACCAAAGCCCCCCUUGACAUCAAGGUCGUCGGAGCUGGCAUGAGUGGCCUUUCUGUCGCCGUCUCAUGUGCUCUGGCUGGUCACAAAGUCGUGGUACUCGAGGCUGCGAGGCAACUAGCAGAGAUUGGAGCGGGUUUCCAGAUUACCCCGAACGGCAGCAAAGUCUUCAAGCAAUUUGGCAUUCUCGACCAGCUGGCGUUCAAGGCGGCCGAGCCCACUUUCCUGCAGGUACGGAGAUGGUCGGAUGGGAAAGUGCUAGCGAGGACGGACGACUUCAAUGGCGAGAUGCGGAAGAAGUACGAUGCGCCUUUCUGGGAUCUGCACCGAGUCGAUGUUCAGCAGGCCUUGGCUGAACGAGCAAAAGAGUUGGGCGUAGAAAUACGAUUGGGAUCAAGAGUCGAAGACAUUGAUUUCGACAAAACGACAAUUACGCUGACGAAUGGCGAGACGUUGCAGGCGGAUCUGAUCGUCGGUGCAGACGGGCUGUGGUCGAAGUGCCGACAGAAGUUCCUAGCAGCACAAGGUCGGAAAGAGGAUGCCCCCUUGCCGACUGGCGAUCUGGCAUAUCGGAUCGUUCUGCAUGUCGAUGAUGUGCAAGAUCAAGAGCUGCGAGACAUAAUCUCAAACCCCAGCUGCCAAUUUUGGGUUGGGCCUGAGGCACACGUCGUGGCAUAUUCCGUCAGAAAUGGGACCAUGUCGAAUAUUGUGCUGCUAGUCCCGGACAACCUGCCUCCCGAAGUGGCAAGACAACCUGGCGAUACCGAAGAAAUGCGAGCAAUCUUCAACAAUUGGGAUCCAGUACUCAAUCGCUUCCUAGACCACGUCAAGACCGUGGAUAAAUGGAAGCUCAUGCAUCGACCGGAGCUGGACAGUUGGAUCAGUCCCAAGUCCAACUUUGUUUUCGUCGGCGAUGCAUGCCAUCCGAUGCUUCCGUACCUUGCGCAAGGUGCGAACAGCUCUAUGGAAGACGGUGCAGUUUUGGGAAAUGUGCUUGCUGCAUUAGAGUCACGGGAGCAAUUGCCAGCGGCUCUGCGAUUGUACGAGCAAUUACGAAAGAAGCGAGGCGAAGCAAUUGUGCGUGAAACGUUUGCUCAGCGGCAUGACUUCCACAUGGUCGAUGGACCUGAGCAGCAAGCGCGAGAUGAGCUGAUGCUGGCACAAUUGGGCAAGCCCAUCGAUGUCAAAUUUCCAUCGCGAUGGCAGUGUCCUGAAGUGCAGCCAUGGCUGUAUGGGUAUGAUGCUCAGAAGGAAGUUGAUGAUGCACUUAGAGCCAGACCGUUGAGUACUGCAUUGCACGCUAACAACUAA